AUGAAUCUUCCACUUUCGACGGCUGAAGUGGACUUCGAGGUUCAGUAUCUGAUCAUGCAGGCGUUUUCAAAAGCAUGUUCAACUAUUGCAACACUAAGUACUGAUAUGGAUUCGUGGGGUCUCGCGCAAAGCCUGUGUCGAGAUCUGGAUAGGAUCCGCGACGAUCACCAACACUGUUGGACAAGGGAAAUGGAGACCACUGUCCUCGGCUCCCAACUUUGCUUAUACAUGCUCCAACUUGAACACGAAUCGAAGAAAUCACCCAACAUAGCCAACCGGAGAAAAUUUCUCGAAAUCGCUUACUUGACAUCUGGGAAACUUGUCCAUGUCUUCAUAGAACGGGCGAACCCUGUCUCUGGCGUUGACCUGGAAGAGGAGAUUAAGCCUUGCCCACUCAGAUAUGGUCCCAAGAUCGAGUACUCGAUACUACUACUGACCUUGGCGUUUCUUAUCAAGUUAAAGUACGAUUACGCGAAUGAGAUCGGCCUCGAAAAAGAUGAGGUAUCAAACCGCGUGGAGCAGAUAUGUGCUGUGCUAUCGCAAUGGUCCUUGGCUGAAGAUGACGAGCCAUCAUUAGCUAUCAAGGUCGUCGAUGACUUUGCGCGAGCAGAAAAACAGAAUUCUCUCAAAAUCAUUCAAUCUGAAUACGACGGUCGUGCAGGUUCUUCGCUUCUGGAGGAUCUCAUCCGUACAUGUUUAGAAAUAAGAAGCAAAGAAGCUUUAGCAAGGAAGAAUGAGGCGACGCAUCACUCUACCAUGCAGAACUUUCCUUCGACGGAUAUGACACAAAUGACUCCCGUAAGCGACUUGUCUCCGGUGGCUUUUGAGGAUUUACAAGAUCCGCUGCUUGGUUGGGAUAUGCCGUGGGGUUUGGAUUUUGGAAGUACAGAGCCGUUUGGAUAUCAAAUAAUGGAAUGA